CGGUAACCCACUUAACAAGCGCCUGCUGGUGGGCUUUGACCCGUAUGGAAAGGAUGCCGGUGCAUUAUAGAGCAUGCUAACUCUUUACGGAACCUUCAGCUUAGACUGCAAUAGGAGAUGGACCACAUGAAGAUUUCCGCGAUAUGAAAUCCUAGGGUUGGGUAUUGAAAGGAUCUCUUCCCUGUUAUGCGAUCAACUACGUUUGUCGUCAAUCUUGAUAAUUGGAGGUUCAUGGCUAGGAUAUAGACGCGAUAUUGGCUAUAAAGAUGCCAGCCUUUCCUUAUGCCCUCACCGCAAUUUGGCACAGACCAAUCCAUCUUUUGUUGUCUCCAUCCAAGCAAUUUCCUAUCAAUCCAAAAUGUUCUGCAUCGCGCGAGCCUCAUCAGAUCCUGGAAAGCCCUAAUUUCCACCUCAGACAACGCAAGACCAACAGCACUCGAUGCGACAAAAGAAAUUAUUGCGGAAUAUGAAAAUGUCCCACUAAUGUCCAAACCAGGCCGGCCAAUAGAACAGCCAAUUAAUGUUAUUGAAGCCGAGAAAAGAUUUGGAAUAUCCUUUUUCAAAGAUUUCUCCUAUAUCUUAUUUUGGAAUGGACAAUACCAUAUGGUACUCGAAGCUCGUUUCCAGGAUGAUCCCGAGAAACUCUAUUUCGUGUCAUGCCCGAAAAGCGUUCGCAACUCAGAUCUUUCCAAGGAAGAUCAAGAACUUCUUAAAUUGAAACUCCAGGGUGUUAAGGGACGUAUAUCAGAACCAGACUGGGACCGCCUCAAGCAACGGUACGGUAUCUUAAAAGGAGACUGGCUUGUGAAGGACAAAGAGGAAGAAGAAAUUUGAGGCUUAGUAAUUGGCGUGUGGCGAGGGCUGGAAGAUUUUGAUGG